AUGCCUGCAGACCACAUAUUCCUCACCCUCAUUGCUGUCAAAUACAUCCAAGGCGGCGGACCUGGGGCGACGCGAAAUCUGAAUACUCCAGUUAGCCGUACCUCGGAUUUCCUCCGUCUGCUAUCUGCGAGCAUCAUAGCUUUAAUUUUAUUUGACCACGGUUUCCCCAAGCCGAAUUAUGCGGGUUUGGAAUUCAGAGAAAAUGAGGAAAUCGUUGAGGGCAAGUUAUCGAAACUGGUUAGAAGAGGAACCCGUUCGUUCGGCAGAUAA